AUGUCGCGGAUCAGCGUACCUGCCCAAUGUCAGCCCAGGGACUAUGGUCGAGGCAGCAUUGUGUGUGUAUGCAAUGCCACAUACUGCGACUUUAUCGGCGACAUCGGGCUCCUGCCCAGUGGAGCAGCGCUGGCAUUUGAGAGCAGCAAAGCCGGCCAUCGUUUCACCAAGACCACCCUACCAUUUGGCGAAAAGAGUGUGGAGCAUGAAAUUCAGCGAAACAUUUCCACAGAAAACGGCGCGCUGCUGCUUGUAGUCGAUUCGUCGAGGAAGUACCAAAAGGUGUUCGGAUUCGGUGGUGCCUUCACCGAUGCCGCGGGAAUAAAUAUCAAGUCUCUCCCGACGAACAUGCAAGAUGACAUCCUCAAGUCUUACUACACAAAACAAGGACUAGCGUACACCAUCGGCAGGAUUCCAAUGGCCAGCUGCGAUUUCUCCGUACGAAAGUACACCUACGACGACACUCCAGGCGACUUCGAGCUCAAAAACUUUACGAUAGCCCCGGAAGACUUUUAUCUCAAGAUUCCGUACAUCAAAGCCGCCAUGUCUAUCUCAAGUGAGCCGAUAUGGUUCUUCGGGAGCUCUUGGAGCAGCCCUUCCUGGAUGAAAACCAGUAACACUGUGGUGGGUCGUGGCACCCUGAAGGGUGAACCUGGAGGCCCCUAUUACAAGGCGUGGGCCAAGUACUACGUCAGGUUUGUGCAGGAGUACGAGCGCCAUGGAAUUCCCAUCUGGGGCCUGACAGCGGAGAACGAACCCACGAUGGGCUUCCUGCCGGGCUUUCCGGGACAAGCGCUUGGUUUCACGCCGAAGACGCAGAGAGACUUCGUCAAGCUCGACCUGGGGCCGGCGCUUGAUGAAGCCGGUUACGGAGCGGAUAAGCUGCAACUCAUGAUCUUCGACGACAAUCGCAUCUUCCUUCCACACUGGGCAGACGUGGUGCUGGGCGACCCGGAGGCGGCCAAGUAUGUUCACGGAGUCGCCGUCCACUGGUACACGGACAACUUCAUUGGUCCGUGGGUCCUUGACAAAGUGCACCAAGCCUUUCCGGACAAGUUCAUUCUGGCCACCGAAGCAUGCGCCGGCUUUGGUCCGAUUGUUAAGGACAGGGUCAUACUAGGAAGCUGGGAACGCGCAGAGCGAUAUGCCAGCGACAUACUGCAGGAUCUAAAUCAUUGGGCUAGUGGUUGGACGGACUGGAACAUUGCUCUAGACACAGAAGGGGGACCCAAUUGGCUCAGAAAUUUUGCCGACUCACCCGUUAUCGUGAAUGCCACUGCAAGGGAGUUCUACAAGCAGCCCACAUACUACGCCUUGGCCCAUGUCAG